AUGGAGCCUGUAGCUUCAGUAGUAGACAAAAUUAAAGGCGUCGCCAAAUCAGGCCAAGACCUCGUCGACUGCCUCCUUCGCCGCCGCGAGAAUUCUUCUCGCCGCAAUCCGAUUGAGAUACUGAAGCGACUGCAACGUGAAACAUUUUCAGAUCUAAUGAAACUCAGAGACAGGCAGGAUAAGGUUGAGAGAGUGAUUUCAUUCUAUAAAACAUCUAAAGGGGGUCCUUUCCAGGAAACCAGUACACUUGUGAGGGGUGAGGUUGAUGCUUCGGGAGCGAUAUUGAUGGUGGGUGGAACUGAUCAGGAGCAUAUUGAUGCUGUUGGUAGAGCAGGAGUAAAAACUGGAAUUAGUUCAAGGUUAAGUUUUGAAACAAUUAUUCGGCAGAAAGAUACUCUUUUGGCAGAGUUUGUGGCUUUUCAAAAAGGUCUAGUAGAUAUUGGUGAUGUCUCCGAAGGUGCACUUACUUUAGCGAAAGUGUCUUAUACGGCAAAUGUAAAUGACUGGUUUUCUGCCAUUGCAAUCCCAGUAGGAGCUCAAUUUAGAGAUCUUGAUAUGACUGCAACCUCUUCCAAUCAGGGACACGGUGUUACUGAUCUUUCAUCUGUUGGACCACCACUUUUGAAUCAGCAGACUGAUUCUGCCAUUGGCUUAAAAGUGAGGAAAUCGAAUGUCAUUGCUAUGAUGGCUCAGUCUUUUUCUGGACUGCGAAGGCAUCCAUUUUCUGAUGAAAUUGUUCACUGCUUUGGCACUUUUGGCCAAAUUGUCUGCCAAUUUCCGAAAGGAAUAAAAUUCUCACUUAUGGGCCUGCAGCAAGUUGCUAAAUCAUCUAGUCACUGCAUCAAUCUUGGAGCCCUUGCCAUUCCUGUUAGCUUUUCAAAAGAUCAUGAAUCUCCUGAAACAUCAGUCCAAGACUCUGCACUAUCCGUAGGAGCAACCAGCCAUGAAAUCACAUCAAGAACUGGAUCUAUAGCUCUAAAGCUGGAGUCAGAACUUGAUGAGAGUACCAGAAUUGGGGGUUGGAUUCAGAUGAAAAACGCAAAUCCCAAGCAUUUACAAUGGGCUGUAAAUGCAUUUGAUGAUGCAGAAGAUGAAUUUGGAUGGGGUCUGAGUUUCAGCGGGAUUGUUGGAUGUCCAAGCAACCAUGGACGUUUGCAAGCCGAAUCGUAUGUAAAAUUGAAUAUAGGGAAGAAAUUCUGCUUGAAACCAGGCAUUGCAUAUGCAGUGGAUGGUAAUGCUAAAAUAUUUGGUCUUAUUCUUCGGUCCAACUGGUCUUUCUGA